GAGGUUGAUACUUGUCCACAUGGGGCCGCCACUUCACCUCUCUCGUUCACCUCGCUUGCUAACAUGAUGCUCUACACCACUGGAGAUGUUUGCCGUAGAUGAGGCCAGAGUGGCAUGGGUGUGAGAGUGUCAUGGUGGGUCGUGGGUGUGGUGGUGGUGGUGGGAGCCUAGCGCCACCCACCGCGAAGGCUGCUGCCCUGCCCCCCCGCCCUCUGCCCGCCCCCUGCCCCCCCACCUGCUGCCAUGGUGCAGGCCAAUGAGGAAGUGAUGUGCGACUCCCGGCCCUCAACAAGUGGCUCUGGUCCGUAUGUCCACAACAAGGUGGCACUCAACAAUAGGUGGCCAGGGGGGGCGCGGCCCAAGAUCUUCAACCACAGGUCCUUCAGCUCAGGCUCGCGGCCAUCGGUACUGUCGCGGGCUUCUGGGUCGCUACGGUCAGUGUCGCGGCCAGGGUCACGCACGGGCUCGGGUCUUGGCUCGCGGGGGUCGCUGCUCUCAGGUUCGGUAGGGACAGCAGAGGAUGUGGGUUCCGGGGUGUCCAGACUACGGAGGGAACUGCCUUCCAUCUCGGACAUCUGCGGUUACGACGAGGUGCAGGAGCUGCUGCGGGACAUAGAGCAGCUGGAGUGCCGGCGGUGGACGUCCGACUGGGACUCCUUCACCAUCCAGUCCUCGCACCCUGACCUCGACCUCCCGCACGACCUUGACCUCCUCUCCCAUGACCUCGAUACCAUCUCCCGGUCUGACUCCCGCCUCUCCUGGGACUCCCACGCGGGCCGGCAGCCAGACGACGAUGACGACGACCCCAACCCCAGUCCCGGCAACUACUCCCCUGAACCUCAGAGAAACCGUCGUCCAACACCCACUAUUACCAUAGCCUGGGAUGACUCCCACCUCAAGACCUCAGUUGGCAUUUUUAGACUAUUAUUAGUAGUUGUGUCCGUUCUAACAAUGACGUGCGCAUGUACGGUAGGGACGGCCCGUUUGAGUAUAUUUGUACUACCCGGAGCCUGGCGUCUGCGGGUGGUCGUGUUUACUGCCGUGUUCACCAUCCUUACCACCACCAUCCUCCUGCUGCUGCACCUCUCAUCCCUCGUGCACUCACUCACACUACGCUGGGAUAAGCUG